UAUUAUCCUACCCAUCUCAAACUCGCACAUAGUAUAACACAUACAAAACAACUAAAUAUAUUCUAUCUCUAUGGCAUAUGAAAAACCAUUCCUUGACCUUAAGCUUACCAUGGAAGAUGUUAUCUUAGUAAAGCCAUCAAAACCAACUCCUUCAUCUGUAAUCUCUCUAUCCACAAUUGAUAAUAGACCAGAACUUAAUAGUCUAUGUCAAACCAUUCACAUAUUUAAACCACCAAAUAACACUAUUCUUAUUGAUGAUCCUCAAAAUGCCCAAAAUGACCCUGCACUUGUGAUCAAAGAAGCACUCUCCAAGGCUUUGUUCUAUUACUACCCUCUUGCUGGAAGGCUUGUAAAACAUGCUGAUGGGAAACUUAGAAUCCAUUGCAAUGCAUAUGGAGUUCCAUUUCUGGAGGCCAUUGCGAACUGCAAGCUUUCUUGCCUUCACUACCUUGAUGGCAGUGACACUGAAAAUGCAAAACACUUGGCUUUUGAUAAUCCUUUUCAUGAAGAUGAUGAUGAUGAAAAUGGUUACCAAUAUCCCUUGGGAAUAAAGGUGACCAAGUUUCUCUGUGGCGGGUUCACAGUUGGAAUAGGCGCAUCACAUGCUGUUUUUGAUGGAAUUGGAGGAUCUCAAUUCUUUGAAGCCAUGGCUGAACUUGCGAGCGGAAAAAGCGAGCCAUCUGUGAAACCUGUGUGGGAGAGGGAAAGGCUAAAUGGGUCAAUUACUGAACAUCCAUUGCUAAGUCCCAUGGAUGAGGCCUCGGCCGCGGUUUCACCUUACUUGCCCACCAAAACUCUCGUGCAUCAAUGUUUUAAGGUGGAUAGUGAGAGCAUAAAAAGACUCAAAAAGAGUUUAGUGAAGGAAAUAAGUUAUAGCAAUAAUAUUAAUUACUCUUUGGAGGGUGAAAGCUUUACAACUUUUGAAGCACUUGGUGCUUAUGUUUGGAGGUCAAGAACUAGAGCUUUGAAACUCAACUAUGAUGGAAAAACUUCAUUGGCUAUUGUUGUAGGGUUAAGAAGGAAUCACUCCUUGAUUCCUCCUUUGCCUGAAGGGUACUAUGGGAAUGCUUUUGUGGACCCAAAAGUUGUGCUAACAGUAAAGGAACUCAAUGAAAAGCCACUCUCACAUGUGGUGAAGAUGAUCAAAGAGACUAAGAAACUUGGUUUCUCAAAGGAGUAUAUUAGGAAUGCUAUUAACACAAAAGAAACAAAAAUAAAGCACUUUGAUUAUCAAGGUAUCGGUGCAUCUAUGGUUUUGUCUAGUUGGAUGCACUUGGGUAUGUUGGAAAACAUGAACAAAGGGUGGGCUAAGCCAGUGAACAUGGUACCGGCACCAUGCAACAUGUUUGGGACAGUUGGAGUGUGCAUUUUUUCACCUCCUAGUGACUUGGAUCCUUCAAUGAAUGGAGGUGUUAGAAUCUUUGUUUCUCUACCUAAUGAUGCUAUGCCCAUGUUCAAGGAGGAAAUGGAAGCUCUCAUGCUUGUUAAACCAUAGAUGAUGGGCAACAACAACAACAACAACAACAAUAAUAAAGGGUGCUUGGUGUGUUCAUCAUGCAUGCAAAGACUAUGGUGUCUACAAU